UUCGAUUAUUUGGAUAUAUGUCAUCUGACGGAGCCUUUACCAAGUUCUGGAAACACACUAAGCGAUGCUCUCAACGGCCUCCAUCACCGGGGUUUGACGGCCUCGGGUCUUUGUGUAGAAGAGACUGGAGGUCCAAGUGGCAGUGCUAUUGGUCUGUCAGCAACUGGGGUGGGUAGAACUCUGCGCUCUCUGCCUCUGGGUCCAGGCAGUGCCAGCGCCCAGACCCUUGUGACCUGUACCCCAGCUCCGGGGGUACAAGCUAGCCCCUGUCUGAGUGUGCGGGGUCGGUGGUUGCGAGGAGUGUCUAGCGGUGGUAGGCCCUUUGCGAGAGCCAGUCAUUGGGCAAAUCCACAAUUUACUCUGCGACUAUUGCCAGGGGGGCCAGAUCAUGGUGAUUCUGAAGGUCUGGCUGCUUGCGUAAUCAGUUUGAUGCAGACUGACCUGCGACGUCUGCGACAUCGAGCUCCUCGCCUGCUGAGCAUUGGAUUCCUUCAACAUGGAGCGAUUCCGCCGAUGUCACGCUCUUUUUUCGAGGCCAAUACUCAUGUUGCAAGCGUAGACUACUUUUUCGACUCCCGCGAAGUGGUCAAGCGGUUCCGUCUACCCCCUGCUGACUACCUACUCGUACCAUGUACAUACGCACCAGACCAGCCGGGAGAAUUUUUGCUAAGAGUGCUCUUUGAACACACGGAACGUACAUUAGAUUCGGUUAUUGCGCUGUUUGGCUGA